GUAACCUGAUCUCCGCAGAAGCAGCGUCUUACGCCUUAGUAACCUCCCCCAUCACUACCACAACCCAGCCCAGGGCGGAACGCAUCUCUCAACUUAAACAUGUCAGCCUGCAUAUUCAACUCAGUUCCGCAGACGCAUUUUUACAGGGUUAUUCACAAUGCAAAUGUCAUUCAGAGAUAACAGCCCGGCGCACGGAGAAUAAUUUACUUCUUUGCGCCUGGACUAAAAUUUAUGAACGUGGAUUUGAACGGGAAAGUUACGAAUAGCAAUCGGAUGGUUCCUGGUACAUAUAUUGACUACAGUUUUAUUCUCUAAUAAUGAGAGACAAGCAUUGGCUGCUCAUGGAUACCUUCUGCCCGCUGGUAACGGGCAUCUCGAUGACCAGCUUCCUCGCCUUUCAGUGCCUGUUUUACAGCGUCAGCCCCUGGCUCUCCGCUCGCAUCAGUGCAGGCUUCCCGAUGCUCAACGGCAAGCAGAAGAUCGAGUGGAACUCCAGGACAGUGUCCACGCUACAUGCCGUCGUGGUGGGGCUCUUCUGUCUUUACAUCCUGUUUUUCGAUGACGCCGUUAAUGAAGACCCUAUCUGGGGUGAUCCCGCCCUGGUGAAAAUCAGUGUGGGUAUAACUACAGGGUACCUCAUUUCAGAUCUGCUUCUCAUACUUUGCUAUUGGACUGCUAUAGGGGAGAUGUCUUAUGUAGUUCAUCAUCUGGCCUCGUUGUAUGCUUGCUACUAUGUACUGGGUCAGGGUGUGUUACCCUACUUUGCUAACUUCCGUCUGAUCGCGGAGAUUUCCACUCCCUGUGUGAAUCAGCGCUGGUUCUUUGAAGUGUUAGGGUACCCCAAGUCCUCCAAGCCCAACAUAGCCAACGGCGUCUUGAUGGCGGUGACAUUCUUCUUGGUGCGAAUCGCCGUCAUUCCCAUCUACUACGGCAAGAUGUACUCCGUCUAUGGCUUGGAGUCUAUGGCUCGGAUGCCCUGGGGCGGCCGUGUUGCCUGGAUCUUCUCAAGCAUCUGCCUGGACAUCAUGAACAUCGUGUGGAUGCAUAAGAUCGCCCGGGGCUGCUAUAAGGUCUUGCUCUCCAGCCAGCGGAAAAAAACAGAGUUGCAAGAAAACGGGAAGCCAGAUUAAAUACAAAGGAUGACUAUACUUCUGUCCCGGGCGAGAGUUGAAAGAUAAACUCAGUCAAACUAACUACUUGAAGACUAAAGGGCCACACCUUAAUGAUGGUAAUGCACAAAGUAACCAUAGAAACAAGUCCUAGAUGGGGAAGGAUGCUGUAUUCCGAAGGAGAAGUGACGUUUUUUUAUCCUCAACCAAACUUAUGCAAAAUCACCCUCUUUCAAAGUAGUUUGUAGGCCAUUACUUUAUUUUAUUUUAUUGGCUUUUAUUUUGAAAAGAAGUGGAGCUAACAUGCACACCUGACAAUAUCCAUCCUUAGGUAUAGGUGUACCAAGUGUCAUACGCUACACCGGAGUGUCCAGUGUGAUUAAGUAACUGGGGAAAAACUGAACAAGGAGCAGAAGAUUUUUAAUUUUUUUUUAUUCUUCAUGUCCAUUACUUGAGUCACUGUGACUGGGAGACAGCAUGGUUCUUGUAUAAGUCCCUGUCAUUUUUAUGUUAUUGUUUUUUUGUUAGACACGAGGAACGGUUUGUGUAUAAUUUAUGUUGGGAAUAUUUUUUUUUUUUUCAUCCGAGGAUUAAGUAUUUUUGCUAUCAAAGGCAUAAAAAGUGCACUUACAUUUAGGAUAUGAUAUUGCACAUGUCAAACUGUAUAUUGUCGGUACUGUAAUCUGUUUGUACCCUGCCAGAGGUAUGUAACAAUGCAUUAAUAACGCAUUACACACAUUUUGUAAUGACACCGCAUUAUGUGAUAACAGAAUGUUACAAAUUUAUAGACAUUAUAAUUUUAUAUUGCAACAUUACCUUAUUGUUAUUAUUAUCAUUGUUAUUUUCAUUAUCAUUUAAUUAGUUGCAUUCUGUUUAAUUAUUACAUAAUGUUGCAUUAUUACAUAAUGUGUUGUUACAAGGUACUGGUAUGGAGUAGGUUGGUGGAAUUACGAAUAUAUUUCUGACCUAUAAUAUGCACUUACAGUAGUUACAUAUUUGAUUUCAAAGCUAUUGAUUGGUUUGUAAGUUUAGAACAGACGUUGCUAAAAUCUGUUUUCAAGUGACUAGGGAUUUACUUACCAAAUUCAUAAAUUCAUAAAGUUGAUCUCAGUA